GUCAGGCUCUAGAGGGUCAUCGAUGAAACUCCUCCAACACGAUGAAGUGGAGUUUGUCCGAACUGGCUAUGGAAAAGAGAUGGUAAAAGUUCUCCAUAUUCAGAGAGAUGGAAUAUAUCACAGCAUUAAAGAGGUGGUAACUUCAGUGCAACUUACUCUAAGUUCCAAAAAAGAUUACCAGUUUGGAGAUAAUUCAGAUGUCAUCCCUACAGACACCAUUAAGAACACAGUUAACGUCUUGGCAAAGUUCAAAGGGAUCGAAAGCAUAGAAGUCUUUGCUCUGAAUAUUUGUGAGCAUUUCCUUUCUUCUUUUAACCAUGUUAUUCGAGCUCAAGUCUAUGUGGAAGAAGUCCCUUGGAAGCGUUUUGAAAAGAAUGGAGUAGAGCACAUCCAUGCAUUUAUUCUCACUCCCACUGGGACACACUUCUGUGAGGUUGAACAGAUGAGGAGUGGACCUCCCAUCAUUCAUUCUGGAAUCAAAGACCUCAAGGUUAUGAAGACUACCCAGUCUGGAUUUGAAGGAUUCAUGAGGGACCAGUACACCACCCUCUCUGAUGUGAAGGACCGGUGCCUUGUGACCCAAGUGUACUGCAAGUGGCGCUACCACCAGUGCAAGAACGUGGACUUUGAGGCUACCUGGGACACUGUUCGGGACAUCAUCCUGGAUAAAUUUGCUGGGCCCUAUGACAAAGGCGAGUACUCGCCCUCUAUCCAGAAGACCCUCUAUGACAUCCAGGUGCUCUCCCUGCGCCGGGUUCCUGAGAUAGAAGAUAUGGAAGUCAGCCUGCCAAACAUUCACUACUUUAACAUAAACAUGUCCAAACUGGGACUGAUCAACAAGCAAGAGGUCCUGCUGCCAGUAGACAAUCCAUACGGCAAAAUUACUGGUACAGUCAAGAGGAGGCUGUCUUCAAAGCUAUGACAUUGUGGCCACCAAUAGGAGUCCACUUUCAGCUGAGGAAUUCCUUAAGCCAUUUGUGAUGCUGGGAAUUGUAGCGGGUAGCCGUGCAAGCUUUCAGCCUGGUAUACUGAUCUGUAGUGUUUGUUUUCCUCCCAUGUGAAAUAAUUUAUUUCUUCCACAUCUUGAUCAGAGAGGCAUUUUGUGGAUUACCUUAUUAGUAAUUAUAAAAUGAUUUGUAGCUAUAGUUUUAAAAUGCUGAGUAGUAUUAGAACAAUCAUAAAUCAAUAUUUCUUUUUGGUCAUCUUGUGCUUUCCUAUCUCAUAGAAUCUUUCAAAUCAAUGCAUUCGGGAAAUAAUCGUGAAUUAAUGGGGGUGUUACAUCAAUUAAUUUGUGCACAAGUUUAAGAAGCAAAUAUUGUUUUCAUCCUACUGAUGCUUCUGGGUAAUGUAGAAAAUGUAAUAAAAGCAUAUUGAAAAAUA